AUGAGGGCGAUUUCUCUAUGGGUCGAUCGGGUUUUCGAUAAAGAUAAAAUAGAGCAAUGUAUUUAUGAUAUGUGUUUUCGACCUGAUGGGACUCAACUGAUUGUUGCAGCGGGAAAUCGUGUUUUGGUUUAUGACACUAAUGAUGGAACUUUACUACAACCGUUGAAAGGCCACAAAGACACAGUCUACUGUGUUGCUUAUGCCGGUGACGGUAAGAGAUUUGCAUCAGGCGGAGCUGAUAAAUGUGUUAUUAUAUGGACAUGUAAACUAGAAGGCAUUCUUAAAUAUACUCACAAUGAUGCUAUUCAGUGUUUGUCCUAUAAUCCAGUGACGAAUCAAUUAACAAGUUGCGCUAUUACCGAUUUCGGUUUAUGGUCACCCGAGCAAAAAUCCGUGUCGAAACACCGCUGUAACUCAAGAAUCACAUGUUGCGGUUGGACCAAUGAUGGCCAAUAUCUUGCAUUAGGAUUACAUAAUGGUAACAUUAGUAUAAGAAAUAAGCUUGGUGAAGAAAAGGUUAAAAUUGAUCGACCAAACUCGCCGCCAGUCUGGUGCUUAAGCUGGAACCCAAAUAAAGAUGAGCCAGAUACUCUUUGUGUUUGCGACUGGGGUCAAAAUCUAUCAUUUUAUCAACUGAGUGGAAGACAGAUUGGGAAAAAUCGAUCAUUAGGUUUUGAUGCUUGCUGUAUAACAUAUUUCUCAAAAGGAGAGUAUACUUUGAUUGGCGGUUCAAAUAAUCAGGUUAAUUUAUGCUCAACGCAAGGAAUAAAAUUAACAUCAUUUGCUGAGCAGCAGUCAUGGAUCUGGUGCUGCAAAGUAAAGCCAGAUCAGAAUUUUGUGGCUGUCGGAUGUCAAGAUGGGACUAUCGCAUAUUAUCAAUUACUCUUUAGUACAGUCCAUGGACUUUACCGAGACAGAUACGCUUUUCGAGAGAAUAUGACCGAUGUCAUCAUUCAAAAUUUGACUACAGACCUAAGAGUUCGAAUUAAAUGCCGCGACUUGGUUAAGAAGAUUGCAAUCUACAAGCAAAAGCUCUCGGUUAUUACACUUUCAGAUAAAUUUACAAUUUUUAAACAUUAUAAAGAGGUUCAAUUACCUGAGAAGAUUGUCAUCUACGAAUUGAUUGCUGAUGAUGAAAAUGAUAUGCAGUAUCGCGUAAAAGAAAGAAUCAAUAAGAAAUUUGAUUGCAACUUACUCGUUGUAUGCGCCCGCCAUUUUGUCUUAUGUCAGGAAAAGAGAUUGCAGUGCUAUAAUUUUGCUGGAAUCAAAGAAAGAGAAUGGGUAAUGGAAUCUUUAAUUCGUUACAUUAAAGUCAUAGGCGGACCAACUGGCCGUGAAGUUCUUCUUGUUGGUCUGAAGAACGGCUUGAUUAUGAAAAUUUUUAUCAAUAAUCCAUUUCCACUUACUGCCUUAAAGCAGCAAACUUCUGUCCGAUGUUUGGAUAUUAGUCCAAUGCAUACUAAAUUAGCCGUGGUGGAUGAGCACAGCACUUGUUUAGUAUAUGAUGUAGCAACUAAAGAAUUACUAUAUCAGGAACCUAAUGCGAAUAGUGUGUCGUGGAAUAUACAAAACGAUGAUAUGCUCUGUUUCUCUGGAAAUGGGACGCUAUGUAUUAAAGCUAAUAUAUUUCCUCCUCAUCUACAAAAGUUACAGGGUUUUGUUGUAGGCUUUAAUGGAUCUAAAAUCUACUGCUUACAUAUUUACUCCAUGUCAGCUAUAGAUGUUCCGCAGUCUGCAGCGAUGUACCAAUAUCUAGAAAAGAAAGAUUUCGCGAACGCAUAUAAAGUUGCCUGUUUAGGAGUUACAGAUCCAGACUGGAGAAACUUAGCUAUGGAUGCUAUAGAGUCCCUAAAUUUUGAUAUUGCAAAGAAGUCCUUUAUCCGAAUUCGAGAUUUCUGCUUUCUACAGUUAAUUCAUAAUAUUGAGGAGCGUAAAAAGAGAGGUGAAAAUAAUGACGAUCUAUUUCGUGCCGAUAUUUAUGCCUACCAGGGUAAAUUUCAAGAAGCUGCUCGAUUGUAUAAGAAGACUGGAAAUGAAGAUAAGGCUGUAGAUAUGUUUACUGAUCUUCGGCAAUUCGAACAUGCAAAGGAAUAUGUCGUCCAUACUGAUCCUUUGAACGUGAAGAAGAUCAUGAAAAAGCAGGCUGAAUGGUGCUCAACAACAGAUGAUCCAAAAGCUGCCAGCGAGAUGUAUCUAGCAGCAGGAGAAUAUUGCAAAGCGAUUGAUAUUAUUGGGCAAAAUGGCUGGGGCGAUAAACUUGUAGAAAUCUCUCGGCAACUAAAUAAGGCAGAUGUUGAACCGCUAAAGCUAUGUGCUUCCUACCUCGAAAAGCUAGGACAAGCCGUUUAUGCUGCCGAAGUUCUCAAUAAAAUUGGCGAUUCUAAAGCGCUAGCAAAAUUAUAUAUCGAUUCACGAAAAUGGACGGAGGCUUUUGAAUUAGCUAAAAAUAAUCCGCAACUGAAGGAUGAAAUUUAUGUCCCUUAUGCUACGUGGCUAGCGGAGAAUGAUAAAUUUGAAGAAGCACAGCGGGCAUUUUACGAAGCCGGAAGAAAGAAAGAAGCUUUCAGAGUCUUGGAACAGUUAACUCAUAAUGCUGUCUUAGAAUCGAGAUUCUCCGAUACGGGUUAUUAUUUCUGGCUAUUGGCUUCACAGUGCCUGGAUAUGACGAAGGAUAAUAAACUGAAUGAGAAAAAUAUCCAGUUAUUCGCAACCAAAUUUAAGCAGUACUAUCAAAAAGCUGAAAUGUAUUUCUUGUAUCACAAUAUUCAUCGCUUUAUUGAAGAGCCGUUUACUUCCAUGCAACCAGAAGCAAUCUUUAAUCAAGCUCGUUAUCUACUACAGACUUUUUCGAGUGAUUUACCUGUUGGUAUUUCGCGUGUUUUUACAUUAUUCGCAUUAGCGAAGCAAGGAAGAAAUUUAGCUGCUUAUAAAUUAGCUCGACAUGCCUAUGAUAAAUUGCAAUCCUUAAAAUUACCUCGUGAGCUGCAAGAAAUUGUCGAUUUAGGUAGUGUAACAAUCAGAUCAAAACCCUUUCAAGAUUCUGACGAAUUAUUACCCUUGUGCUACCGUUGUUUUACAACCAAUCCAUUACUCAACAGCAAAGGCAAUCGCUGUAUCAAUUGCCAACAACCUUUUGUCAACUCAUUUAAUACCUUUGAAGUAUUGCCAUUAGUAGAAUUUAUCCUAGAAGAUGGUAUAAGUGAUGAUGAAGCUGUUAAAUAUAUUGAGCAAGAUUUUGGUGUGCGAAAAGAAAAGAAAGGUCGUGAAUGGAAAGAGCAGGAAUCGGAAUGUAUCCAAUCGUUACCAAAAGUGAUAUCAAAUAAUUUUUUUCAUAUUGGAGUAUUACCUGUUCAGACAUUACGCCUUGAUGACAGUGUACAGGAAGAAAUUGGCGACACUUCUGAUCCGUUUUCAACAAAGAUGACAACGUUUGAGCAAGGAGGAUCAGAAUUUGUUGCUAUCCAACUCAAUCAUUCGCAAUUACAAAAAUUAAAUAAGAACGAAGUCAUCAUCCAAAAAUGGCCCUUGCCAUUAAAAUAUCGAUAUUAUAAACUGAUGCUGGAUAGUGUUUCCAUAACUGUUUGUCCAUAUUGUCAACAUAUCUACUUGACGGAAGAUUACGAACUUCUUCAGCUGCAAAAUCAACAGUGCCCAUUUUGCCGUAAAUCAAAUAGCCAGUCAUAA